GCGUUCCGCCCGCCGAGCCUGCUUGGUGGUAGGGCGAGGGCCUGCAGAGGAGAGGAGGAAGAAGGGCCCGCCUCUUGCCUUGUCUGUUCAUUUGUAAGGAGACGAUCGGUAGUUCUUUCAGAUGACUCGGCGGGUGCAAUUCCAGAGCAUAACGAAUUCCUUUUUCCAGAAUAUGAAAUUUUGAUAGAUCCUGAGGAGCCAGAAUUCCCUGCUGACAGCAGUGUGGAUCCUGAUGAUGAACAAGGAGCUUUAGGCACAUCAAAGGACCCAGAAGAACAAGAGGAGCUCGGAGCUACAGGCAGUGCAAGUGAAGCAUUUCAAUCCUUAGACGAAGAGACAUUGGAAACAAUGGCAAAACAUGAGACUGAAGAAGACAAGAUCUUCCAAAAGUUUAAAGAGCGAGUAGCUGCCGAACCAGAGCAGAUUAUUCGGUACUGCAGAGGAGGAGAAGGCCCCAUCUGGGUAUCGGGUGAAAAUAUUCCUGGAGAAGAAGAUAUCCCAAAUUGUUUAUGUGGUGCCAAAAGGAUUUUUGAAUUUCAGAUUAUGCCACAGCUCUUGAACCACCUUCAGGUUGACAGCCUGGGAGAGAGCAUUGACUGGGGAACACUGGUGGUGUACACUUGUGCCAACAACUGCGGCGAGGGAAACGCGUACCUGGAAGAGUUCAUAUGGAAACAAGACUUCUCUGCAGGCUCUAUUUAACUUCCAUCAAGUUACUAAGUUGAGUCAUCUGAAUAGACUACUUGCCUUCUUUCAGUGCAUCCCUGCACCUGGCAAACAGGUAACUAACUGCACUAAAGCCACGGAUAUCUGUGUAUCUGGCAAUGGCGGUGGAACUACUAACAGCAGCCCUUGGCAGCCUCUCUCUUGUGUUCUGCAGGAGCUUUUACUUCAGCCUGGUUAUGAAGCCAGAUGCGUUUGUUCAGUGAGUUUCACUUCAAAUCUCAACCCUGAAUGUUUAAAUAAAGAUGAAAUAUUUUUGUCUCG